ACAUUUUCCAGCCCAUCCUGGACAGUUCACUCCCCUCCCAGGUGGGCUGGCACUUGGCUGUGAGAAACUGGAGAGAACUAGUUUUCACACACUCGGGUUUUGACAGGAAAAGAGGCCAGGCUUCCUUGGCGGAGAGGCUGGGCCGGUGGGUUCCGCGUGAGCCUGUGGAGGAAGAUGUCUGACCUGCUCCCGGCUUUCUUCAGGCUCCUGCUGCUCUCCAAGCUGGUGACCUCGGUGACCUUUCAGCACCACCGAUACGAGGAUCUGGUCAGGGCGCUUUUCAACGUGCAGAACGAGUGCCCUUAUAUCACCAGGAUUUACAGCAUCGGCCGCAGUGUAAAGGGGAGACAUCUCUACGUCCUGGAAUUCAGCGACCACCCGGGAAUCCACGAGCCCUUGGAGCCAGAGUUCAAAUACAUCGGGAACAUGCACGGGAACGAAGUCUUGGGGAGAGAGUUACUGCUCCAGCUGUCUGAAUUCCUGUGUGAAGAGUACCGGAGGGGGAGUGAGCGGAUUGUGCAAAUUAUCCACGACACUCGGAUCCACAUUCUGCCCUCGAUGAAUCCCGACGGCUAUGAAGUGGCUGCAAACCAGGGCCCAGAUGCAAACGGGUACCUGACUGGCAGGAACAACGCCAACGGAGUGGACCUCAACCGCAACUUCCCCGACCUCAACAGCUUCGUGUACUACAACCAGAAGCGUGGGGGACCCAACCACCACAUCCCGCUACCCAGCAACUGGAAGAGCCAGGUGGAACCGGAGACCCAAGCGGUGAUCCAGUGGAUGAGAACCUACAACUUUGUCCUGUCGGCAAACCUUCACGGAGGGGCCGUGGUGGCCAAUUACCCGUACGACAAGUCCCACGAGCAGCGGGUGCGGGGCUUCCGGCGGACUGCCAACACGCCCACUCCGGACGACGAGCUCUUCAGGAAGCUAGCCAAAACCUAUUCCUAUGCACAUGGAUGGAUGCACCAGGGCUGGAACUGUGGUGAUUUCUUUCCAGAAGGCAUCACCAAUGGAGCUUCCUGGUAUUCCCUCAGCAAGGGAAUGCAGGACUUUAAUUAUCUCUACACCAACUGCUUUGAUAUCACCCUGGAGCUCAGUUGCAACAAGUUUCCACCCCGAGAAGAGUUGCAGGGAGAGUGGCUGGCGAACCGUGAAGCGUUGAUCUCCUUCCUGGAGGAGGUUCACCAGGGCAUCAAGGGAAUGGUGCGGGAUGAGAACAACAACGGCCUCCCCGACGCCGUCAUCUCUGUCAGCGGGAUCAACCAUGACGUCACUUCAGGUGACCAAGGGGAUUUCUUUCGACUGCUGCUGCCGGGCAAGUACAGCGUCACAGCCAGAGUAGCCGGGUACCGGCCGGAGACGGUCAACGUGACGGUGGGGCCUGCGCGACCCAAGCUGGUCAACUUCCAGCUCAGGCAAGACACGUCCAGAAAAGCUCCGGAGCAGAAAUCACCUGACCGGGGUCCCAGUGGCAAAGCCCAGCAGAAGAAGGUGGUGCCCCGGGCGACUGGCGAGGUGACCCCAGCAGCUGGUGAGGUGCCCCAGAGAUGAAGGCGGUGAUAGCCAUUGCCCCGACGGGCCGAGGAUUCUCACGCCCUCAGAGCCCCCGGAGCAGGGUGAAAAGACUGGGCCGGCUGCACAGAAUCGGUGGUCCCUGUUGUUAAAUGAGAUGACGUUUCCUAUUUUAUUACCGGUGCGGAUAUUUAAAUAUAAGCCAAAUUCAGAAAGGA